AUGAAGCACGACAAGAACAGGCUGAAAACGUGGCUGAAGAAGUGCAACAUCAAACCCCAGACCUGGAGGAUGCUGCAACCAAACGUCCCACCUGGCGGCAGCUCUGCCAGAGAGGUGUACAGAGUCACCAAAGAAUUCAUUGUUAACUCAGAAGUGGAAGCCAUCAUCGGAUACGAUGGACUAACCCCCUCGCCUAACAGCAGUCCCUCAUCUAACAGCAGUCCCUCGCCUAACUGCAGCCCCUCGCCGAACAGAAGUCCCUCGCCUAACAGCAGUCCCUCGCCUAACAGCAGUCCCUCGCCUAACAGCAGUCCCUCGUCUAACAGCAGUCCCUCGUCUAACAGCAGUCCCUCGCCUAACUGCAGUCCCUCAUCUAACAGCAGUCCCUCACCUAACAGCAGUCCCUCGCCUAACAGCAGUCCCUCGCCUAACAGCAGUCCCUCGUCUAACAGCAGUCCCUCGCUGAACAGCAGUCCCUCAUCUAACAGAAGUCCCUCGUCUAACAGCAGUCCCUCGUCUAACAGCAGUCCCUCGUCUAACAGCAGUCCCUCGCCUAACUGCAGUCCCUCACCUAGCAGUCCCUUGCCUAACUGCAGUCCCUCACCUACCUGCAGUCCCUCAUCUAACAGCAGUCUCUCGCCUAACUGCAGUCCCUCGCCUAACUGCAGUCCCUCGCCUAACUGCAGUUCCUUACCUAACUGCAGUCCCUCAUCUAACAGCAAUUCCUCACCUAACUGCAGUCCCUCACCUAACUGCAGUCCCUCACCUAACUGCAGUUCCUCACCUAACUGCAGUCCCUCAUCUAACAGCAAUUCCUCACCUAACUGCAGUCCCUCACCUAACUGCAGUCCCACUAUUAUAAGCUUACUAAUGUUUUCUUUGAUGCAGAUAUAG